AGAGCAUGACUGCUCGGAGCUGAGACGCUCCUAAGGCGCACUUAUACACACACACUGGUUGGCAUCCGCCGCCUUUUCUUACCUGUCAUGCCCCCGUAAGCGCUCCUCCCUCCUCUGUUUUUCAUUCUCCUACCCUCUUUUUCUCCCUCCCUCCCCUCUUCCUCUCCCUCUCCCUCUUUGCCCCGCCGCCACCUAUCCGAAACGCCAAGGAGUUCUUCCUCGGGGACUACACGCUUCUAAGGACUUGUCAGCAGCGGCGGGAGUGAUAUUCGGCACGUUGAUAUCCUUGAGAUAGGAGCUACCUAUCCCGUGGCCGCGUCUUCGGCGGCGCGCACCCCUUGAAGAUAGGUAUUCAUCACACACAUUCACCUCAUCAGACACGCCGUACAGACGAGAAACGCUGCCCAGAGACCUCGCCAUGUUCGACAAAGCCAUCCUUGUAUUGAGGGGCGUCGGCCAGAUCGCGGCCUUCCUCUCCGCCAUGCUCUCGCGCUCGAUCUCCUUCCGGCUGAAGCUUCUCCGCCACUCCCUCACCUCCUCGACCGCCCCGCCCGCCGGCGAGCCCCUCAACAUCGUCAUCAUCGGCGCCUCCAUCGCCGGGUACCACGCCGCCAGCACCAUCGCGGCCAACCUGCCGCCCUGGCUGGGGUACCGCGUCGUCGUCGUCGAGCCGCGCGACCACUUCCACUUCACCUGGGUGCUGCCGCGCUUCUGCGUCGUCGAGGGCCACGAGCACAAGGCCUUCAUCCCGUACGCGGGGCACCUGCCGGCCGGGUCGCUCGACGACGGCCCCGGCGGCGCCCCGAGCAAGGUGGCCUGGGUGCGCGACCGGGUCGCCAGCAUCUCGCCGACGGCGGUGCGCCUCGCGGCCGGCGGCGCCGACAUCCCGUACGCGUUCCUGGUCGUGGCGACGGGCGCCGGCGCCGGCGACGCGCUCCCGAACCGCGUGCCGGCCGACGGCAAGGCCGAGGGCCUCGAGCUGCUGCGCCGCAUGCAGGCGCGCAUCCGCGACGCGGCCGACCUCGUCGUCGUCGGCGGCGGCGCCGCCGGCGUCGAGCUCGCCACCGACGCCAAGUCCAAGUACCCCGACAAGCGCGUCACCCUGGUCCACUCGCGCGACGCCGUCAUGCACCGCUUCGGCCCGCGCCUGCAGGCCGCCGCCCGCGACGGCAUCGACGCCCUCGGCGUGCGCCUCGUCACCGGCGACCGCGUCGUCUCCGAGGACAAGGACAGGCGCGUCGCCGUGCUGAAGAGCGGCCGGGAGAUCCCGUGCGACUGCCUGAUCAACUGCACCGGCCAGCGCCCCGACGCGCGGCUCGUGGCGGCGCUGAGCCCGGCCUCGGUGUCGGCGACGACGGGCCACGUGCUCGUGCGGCCGACGAUGCAGGUGCGCGACCCGGCGCUGCCGAACGUCUACGCGUGCGGCGACGUGUGCGCGCCCGACCCGGAGGAGGAUAGCACCGCCGUCGUCGCGCAGCCCAACUCGCGCUCCGCCAUGCGCCAGGCCAUGGUCGCCGCGUUCAACGUGCUCGACGCCGCCGAGGGCCGCGCCCCGUCCAACGUGUACCGCCCGAACUGGUUCGACGGCGUGAUCAAGCUCACGCUGGGGUUGGACAAGUCGGUGUCGAGCGUGGGUGACGGCAAGACUGAGCUGCUCUUCCGGGCGAAGGACAAAGACGUGGCUCUCAUGGUGGACGGCGUGUGGAAGCGUCUCGGCGCGACGCCCUUCGAAGACGACGACACGUUCCUGAGCAAGGUCAAGACUAAGAUCUGA